UUUAAUAAAAACUAAAGGGUAGAAUGGAUAUAAAAAUCAAAGACCUUCUCUAACUCACCACUCUUUCUUGACACCAUACAUUUUCGCGCAUAGUAUUCGGAAGAAAGGAUCGGAGGCGGAGCUAGUGGAGUUGCGGGGAAAGAAGAAUUUAGGGUUUCAUUUCUACACUUUUCGACUUUGUUAUACAAUCAGGAUGUCAGAAGCACCAUUCACACCACGAGAGAAGCUUUUUGAGAAGCAAAAAUAUUACCAGAACAUGCAUAAGUAUACUCACUUGAAAGGGCCCUAUGAUAAGAUCACAUCUGUUGCAAUACCACUUGCUUUUACAGCAGCGUCACUCUUUAUGAUUGGACGGGGGAUCUAUAACAUGUCUCAUGGAAUAGGAAAGAAGGAAUGACUUGACAAUUUCUGAUGGAGGAGGUGGUGGCUAUUUUGUAACACAGACCUAACAGAACCUCCUCAUUACGGACUCAGUGAUUUAUUCACAUUCAUUCUUUUCUCUUAAUAAAAUUGAACAAUUGCAGAGUUUGACCCCCAUUGUGGGUUAAUAACUCAAGUGAAAAUGGUUCUUUCUUUGUUUUAUAUAAUCAAUGGAUGACUCAAACUGCGGGUUUUCUAUUUGGGUCUUGUUCUUGUUUAUGAUCAACUGUUCAUUCCAGUUUAUGCUUCUUGGUUUGCA